AUGAGCACAAAUACUUCUACCACAUUAAUUGCGCAUUCAAGACGCCCGGCAAUUCUCACAUAUACCUCUCCGCUCGUGGAUACAGCGCAGACACUUUCCCAUAUGCCGCUCUACUUAUUUGGUUGGAAGCGCGAGGCAGAGACUCUAGAUGUGCCUAUGUUUGAGAAUCUUGAAUUUGCGCGUAGCUGGCGGAAUGUGCCGGCUAGCCUAAGGUUGGAGAUUCAGAGCCGUGAGCAGAUGCAGGUAUACGGCGUGGAGGUCAAAUUCAGAGCUAAGUUUAGAGGGUUGAGGUGGAGACUUUUAUCAUUCUUCGCUUUUACAUCCAUGUUCUGGUCCGUUUCCAUGAUCUCAAGCAGUAUCGUGUGGCUACUAGUCUCUCAAUAUUUGGGCUCGACGGCACACGAUGACCAGCGCAUCAAGAACGAAGAAGACACGGAGGAUGGCGUCAAGGCAAUCAAAAAGGAGUCUAGCGAAAGGGACGACGGUAUAGUGAAGCAAGAGGAAAUCGAAGAAACAACGAAUAUCCCUCCACUUGGUACCCAAUCUGGCAACGAAGCGGAGGAUGUGGAAUCAAUCAGACGCAUCCACGACAGCAGUGAUUCAGGGCGGGGAACAGCAUUUGAUGGUCAUGAUACCCUUGGCGCUCAGCGUCGUCGAAGCCUUUUGUCUGAAUAG